UUUAGGAACUAGUGAUGGAUAUUCUGCGAGUGCUUGCCUCGCCUGAUCUCGAGGUUCGCAAGAAGACAUUGGAUCUUGUCCUUGAGAUUAUGAACACGAGAAAUAUCCAUGAAGUCGUGAUGGUUUUGAAGAAAGAAAUCACCAAGACACACACGGAAGAAAGCACGACGGAAGAUUCCGGCAACUACCGACAGAUCCUCGUCCGCACUCUACACGCAUGCAGCGUCAAGUUCCCGGAUGUUGCAGAAUCUGUUGUUCCCGUUGUAAGUAUAAUAGGGAGUUUACGAUCUACGACGCGGCCAGCUCAACGACGCGGUCUAAAUUUUAGCUCAAGAAUGAGCGCUAAGCAAUUCGAUUACUGUAAUAAAUAUUUGACUCAAAUAACCUUACAAAAUGCUAUGUUCGGCUAAAGCGAUGCAAUGUUUACUGUAAUUUCGACUUUUAGUAACACCUCUUGUGUCGCAUUAAGCUUUGCGUUGCCUGAAAGACGUAAUAAUGCUUUUUUAACGUUGUGUUGAGAAUGACAACGCGAUUGACAAUACUAAUCUACAAAUUAUUGACAGUUUUUGUCUUGCAUGACAAAUUUCUUCGUAAGUUCUUUGUAGGUUUGCAUGGCGAUAAAACACAUAAUACUAUUGUUUGUGGAAACACCAAAUUUCUUUGUUUUGAAAGCGCGUCGUCGAGCCAGCCGCGUCGUAGAUCGUAAACUUCUAUUGAAGCCUGGCUCACGCCGAGCAAAUCUGUCGGCGAUGACAUGCAAAAGACUUAGAAUUGUUUACUUCUGAAAAGCGACUGUAUACUUUUGUGCGCGAGUUCACUCAUUUGCAUCCGUCAGAAACACAGAAUCGCCGAAAAAUUUGCUAGUAUGAACCGGGGCUUAAAAAGCUUGUUUCCAUUUCUUCGUAAUGAUUGAGCUACGCUCUUUCUCAACAGCCUCAAAGUAAAACAGUAUAGAACUGAAAAUAGGCAAGGUGAUUAUAUAAAGAGAAUACUUAUGAUUUAUGUGGUUCACAGGUAAAAACUAUUAUAAUCUGACCGUUGAGAAAUGAUUCUAUCGUUACGAGCGUUAAGACAAUAGGGCCAUUUAUACGGGACAAAAUAAGACGCGACUUACAUAAGACGCGAUUUAAAUAAGACGCGAGUUUGUCGUUUCCAAGUUUGAUGUGAAUAUUCCCAAUGACGUUUCUGGAUUUGGAAUAUUGGGCGUGGAAAUUGCAAGUUGAAUGCUAAUUACGGGCGAAGCGGACACUAUUAAGCUUUCGGUCGCGCGUGUACAUUUUGAAAUUUUACUUCUGGGGGAGGGACGGGGGCAUGCACCCCCAGGAAAAUUUUGAAGUCUACAUAUAGAGUCCCUUUCCAGCAUUUCGGGGGUAAAGACCCUGUCACACAUAUUGCGUAUCGUACUAGCGUAUGCCAGCGUAUGAAAAAUAUCACUCAUACGCUGGAAAACGCUGACAUACGCUAGGGGUACGUUAGGCAAAGGUUGUAUACGUUUCAAGCACGGUCGCGUACGGUGGCAUGCGGCGAGGCAGAAAAUUUUUUUAAGCAUGCUUAAAGAUUUUGUGCGUAUUCGGACGUGUGGUUUACAUGAUAAGCAUACUCUAGGCUGACGCUAAAUACGCUAGAGGUACGCCAGAUGUAUGGUACUCAUACGCUCUAGCAUUUCAAAGGACUAAAAGAAAUUAUUUCAUUAAUUUUCAUAUGCUUCUCCUACUUUCGCUCAUACGCAAUAGUGUGACAGGGCCUUAAGAUUAAUAUGCAGAAUUCCGAAGGUAAAGUACAUGAAACACGUGAUUUUCCAUGACAAAACCUUUGUGCAGCUAUACAUAAAACAACUGAGUUCAUUAUUUUUGACUAGAUCAUGUUUGCUGCAACAAAGGUACACCUCCCCCCACCCCCUCCAUUUUUCUCAUCAUAUUUGGAUGAAUUAGAAAAUCUAUUUUGAAGAAAACUUGGGGGACCGGGACGACACCACCCAGUCCUCUCCGCGUAGCGCUGCCACUGUAAGUGGAGCCGCUUGAGGGCGUAAUGGAAAGCGGCCUUAGUCAUAGUCGAUAUAUAUUUAUUAAGAUAUAUCAACAAAUAAAAUUGAGUAUUAUAGGAGAAAAAAUUGAGAUGAUAUGAGGUAUAUUUUUAAAUAAAAAUUUAUAAUUCUUUUAGGGGUUCUACAAAAUAUGGUGACAAAGCAACAGAUCUGUUCAUUGAAGCCAAAAAAAGCGGUAAGACAAUACAUUAAAAUAUGUAUUGAACUAGAGGACACUUGUUGGAGACUGCAUACCUUCGCCAGCGAAUUAUAUUAACCCAAUAAUUUUGAAAGACUAUAAAAGUCUGGUAUCACAAGCAUUGUUUAGGAGCAAGAGGCAAGCAUGCAAUCACACCCAUAUAACGUAAUUGUCAUAUUAAAUAAUGAUUAUUACAUAUAACUUAAGCUAAAGUUAGCAAUAUAGCAAGCAAUAUAUGAUUGUGUCCGCCACUGGUGCUAUGGUUAGCUUCGCCACUGAUGCAUCCUCGUCCCCAGGGCCUCUCGGCCGCGCGCGUCCCCCCUAGGCCCUGGGACACACGGAACCGGAAGUGCAAGAAAACUUGCACUAGUUUCUAUUGGGACACUUUAAUUAGCACCUGUAACAAUUUUCACAGUGAAGUAUUACGAGAAACGAAGUAUUUGUGUUGACAUAUGUCGAUAGAAAAAUUUGCGUAGCGAAAACUGCCCAACUUCUGCGAAAUAGCAGUUCUCUGAGAGGCCAAUCAGAUCUCUUCCUUUAGUCGUCUAACCCAGAGCCUAAUUUUCACCGAGUGGCUCUGGGGACGAGAAUGCCACUGAUGUAAUUUUAUGUUUCAGGUGGUUCGGUGCAAGGCUUCAAACUUGAUGGAUUGGAACGGACAAGAAAAUUCUUCUUUGUGUUGUGAGCUCUUGGUUGGAACUAAUGACUUUAACACAAAGAAAAAUUUUCUUGUCCGUUCCAAUCCACGGAUAAUUUUCCGGAGUGGAAAUUAGCCUUUACGCCCUGUGUCGGAUUAAGGAAUUUUCCUGUUCUUUGCAAGAAACACGAAGAAAUUGCUAACUAUAUUAUAUUUAUAUUCUCAGGUGCUACGUGGCAAGAGACGGUUUAGCUUUGGUGAUCAUGGCGGUUUUGUCUUGGCUUCAGAUUUCCAAUCAUCUACACAGCUACAGUAAGUCCCGGGUCCUAUCCUUUAUUAUAGCCGGCAAAAAAGCCCCAGAACCCGGGCACGGCUGUGAGCUGUCUAUAUAACUGAAGUAACAACUUCAGUCAUUCGGCGUAUGAGAAAAGUGAAGCCAAGAUAAAAGACAUUGAAGUCCAAUAGCUCUGAAGGUCGAAAACAGUUUUCAUACCAUUUCCCCAGCUAAUUAGCCAUUUCGAAGUUGAUGAGUGGAUUGGGGACGAGUGUUAAAAAGUGCCCAAAUUAAGAAAUGAACCAAAUCACUAAAAAGACCACCUCAAAAUUAGUAAGUAUACUAAGUUUGAAGACGUUUACAUGAAUACCCUUCGAAUAAUAAGCUUUCGAAAAUUGUGAAAUUACUGAUGGGACGCGCGUCCGCCAAAACAAAAAAUUACAGUACAUUUCAUAGUAAAUAUCGCGAUUUCAUCCUCGUUCCCAGGGCUUCUCGGCUGCCUGCGUUGCAGCCGAGAAGCCCUGGGAACGAGGAUGAAAUCGAAAGCUUAUUAUUCGAAGGGUAUUCAUGUAGAAGUCUUCAAACUUUGUAUACUUACUAAUUUUGAGGUGGUCUUUUUAGUGAUUUGGUUCAUUUUUUAAUUUGGACACUUUUUAACACUCGUCCCCAGUCCACUCAUCAAUUUCGGAAUGGCUAAUUUCAGUUUCUUCUAAUGAAUCGUAUGCCAUUCAGGUAAUCAAUUCAUAAUAAAACCAUACAUAGUAUUAUUUCUUAAGUCAAAAUCAAAACAGAAAAUUUCGGCACCCUCCUUUUAUUCACAAGACUUGCUCCAAGUCUCUCUUUCAUUAUCAUAUAGAUCCACUAUAGUGUAUAUUACAUGACGUAGUACGGAGAGGCGGAGCGAGAAAGAGACUUGUCAACUUCGGAAAAUCUCGGUUCAAAACUGAACCGAAAAUACAAGACUUGCUUAAUUGUUUUCCUUCAAUUUCUUUCUGUAUUAUUUACUAUAAUGGAACUUGUGUUAUUUACACUGUGCUAGAUCAAUACAUAUAAACACUGACAGAAAAGAAUUAAAGCAGGUCUUACAUUUUCGGUUCAGUUUUGAACCGAGAUUUUCCGAAGUUGACAAGUCUCUCUUUCUCGCUCCGCCCCUCCGUACUACGUCAUGUAAUGUACACUAUAGUGGAUCGAUAUGACAAUGAAAGAGAGACUUGGAGCAAGUCUAUUUAUUCACUUGGCUGAGAUCCCACCAAGCUUGUUUCUCAUGUGAACUCAAACUGAAUUUUAUAUGGGUUAAGGUGGCUCAAUAGAGGAAAAACAAAAUUUGUGUUUGGAAUAUAUAUUGAAUAUAGGCACUAAUUUGCAUGCCUGGAUUGUAUCUUGUAGGUACUCUGUAGAUUUCGAAAACUUCAAUCCUGUCGUACUUCCUAACACUACCACAAAUGUUGAUAUUAAGACAAUUCUCACAGAACCGGGAGAGAAAGGAGUCAUAUUUCUUGUUAUUGGACUUGUCAAUGGUUUUUAUCAUAUUUUUCAAGUUAAUGCUACAAGAUCUUUAGGUAAGCGAUCGUUGUUUUUUGUUUGUACACUGUAAAGCA